CUUCUUAAACUUUUUGCAUUUUCAUAAAUUUUGCUAAGAAUUCUUACUAGGAAGGAUUGUUCAGGAUGGUGACGAUCUCCCAGACAUACCCUCAUCCAGCUUGUCUGAGGGUAUCCUUCCUUGUGAAAUUCGCGGUCUUGUGGAGAGACGAAGGCAGGUCAAAAAGCUGAUGAAAGAUGCACCAGAAUCCAAGAAAAAACAGUAUGAUAUUCGUCAAAUGGCCUUGAAGCUAACUGCUAACAGUAUGUAUGGAUGCCUUGGUUUCAAGCAGUCUAGGUUUUACGCCAAACCACUGGCUGCCUUGAUUACUUCUAAAGGCAGAGAGAUUUUAAUGCAUACUAAAGAUUUGGUAGAGAAACUUGGUUAUUCUGUAGUAUACGGAGACACUGACUCAAUCAUGAUCAACACUAAUAGCACGGAUUUGAAGCAAGCAAAAAAGCUGGGCUUUGAGAUCAAACGCCAAGUCAAUCAGUGCCAUCGUCUUCUUGAGCUUGAACUUGACGGUGUAUUCAAGCGCAUGCUUUUGUUGAAAAAGAAGAAGUACGCUGCUCUCACUGUGAAUCCUGAUAAUGAAUUGGACACAAAGAAAGAACUGAAAGGUUUGGAUAUCGUCAGAAGAGAUUGGUCGCAAUUAGCGAAGGAGGCUGGGAACGCUGUGGUAGAUCUCAUUCUUGAUCCGAGACUGUCACGUGAUGAGCUGGUGCUCGAGAUUCAUGAAUCUUUGCAGAAGUUGCGAGGGAAAUUAGAUAAAGGGGUAGAACUGACUCUGUUUGAGAUUAGCAAG